AUGGAAGACGGCGGUCACAAUGAGCAGCACAUCAUUGCUGCUGAAAAAGAUGGGAACAGAGACUCUGGUUACGAAGAGCCUGUUUACUCGAAGGAGGAGGAAGCUGGAUAUCAGGCUCCGGCUCAAGCACCACUCGGCAACGCUCCUCCAGAUGGUGGUCUGCGGGCAUGGCUCGUCGUUGCAGGAGCAUGGUGCACUUCGUUUUGCAGCUUUGGGUGGAUUAAUAGUGUUGGAGCGUUCCAGGACUACUACGAAACUACGAUUCUGAAAGACUAUUCGGCCAGUACCGUCUCCUGGAUCCCAUCUUUGCAGAUUUUCUUCAUGAUGUUCUUGGGACCCUUCGUCGGCCUUAUAUACGACAAAUAUGGCCCUCGCUACCUCAUCAUUGGCGGAACCUUUUUGCAUGUCUUUGGCCUGAUGAUGACAUCCAUUUCUACCCAGUACUACCAAAUUCUCCUUUCCCAGGGAGUCUGCAGCGCCAUCGGUGUUUCUGCCAUCUUCCAGCCAGCGCUUAACAGUAUCGCUACCUGGUUCACUACGAAACGCGGUGCCGCCUACGGACUUUUGGCGACUGGAUCAAGUUUAGGAGGCGUUGUUUUCCCCAUCAUGGUCACUCGAUUGAUCAAAGAAGUUGGCUUUCCCUGGGCAAUGCGAAUAUGUGCCUUCCUGAUCCUCGGCCUCCUCAUAAUCGCCAUCUUGACGGUUGAUGCGUUCAACCCACCAAAGUUCCAGCCAAUCACCUUGAGGAGAAUGGUGGCUCCUUUCACCGAAUUUCAGUUUACCUGUGUUUGCGUGGGGUUGCUGCUAUUUACUUUUGGGCUCUAUGUCCCAAUCAACUUUGUCUCGGUCGAGGCUGCUGCGGGCGGAGUAGACCCCAACUUGGUGUUAUACAUGGUUCCUAUUCUGAACGCCGGAAGUUUAUUCGGCCGCAUAUUCUCUGGCUUUGCUGGUGACAAGUUUGGCCGCUACAACGUCUUCGUUACUGUCUGUUACCUAGCCAGUAUCUUCGUUUUGGCCCUUUGGAUUCCUGCAGCUACAACUGCCGCGAGAAUUGCCUUUGCUGCCAUCUUUGGAUUCUUUUCUGGAGCAUACGUCGCCUUGAUCGCUGCGCUCGUGGUUCAGAUAUCGCCCGCGACUGAAAUGGGCUUCCGGAUGGGCCUCUCAUUUUUCGUUUUGUCUUUUGGAGGCCUGACGACAAAUCCCAUCUCUGGCGCCAUUCUUGAGGGCCCAUUGGGAUGGCUUGGACCAAAGAUCUUCUCUGGUGUUUUUUGCUUAGUCGGAACGACCUUUGUGUUUGCUGCAAGAAUCAAGCAGACGGGAUGGAAGCUGAACGCAGUCUUUUAA